AUGAUUCUGCUGACAAUAUCAAUUUCUGAUGCUCGGUCUCAGCAAAUUGAAACGAGUUCCAUGUGCGAAGGCAAGGAGAUCAAUUCAUUUGUGCCUGAUCCAGAAAAUUGUAGCAAGUUUUUCCAGUGCAACGGUGAUACAUUCAUACACGGCUCUUGCCCGACAGGAAUGUUUUACCACCAGCAGGAUGUGUGCAGUUUUGAUGACUCUGAUUGUUCAUCAUCUACCGAACCACCAACAACAUCUAGCUCUUCUUCGACAACUGAUGAGACGAAUGUAACGAGCAGUACUGGAAUACCUGAAAAAUCUACCACAACAGCGGCCUCGACCGAUCCAGGGCAACGGUGUGCCGAUGUUGAUCCAAACCGUCCCCAUUUUAUCAAAAGUCCUACCCAGUGUUCCGAAUACUACAUCUGCGUUGACGGCAAAGCAAUUCCUGGUCAAUGCCCAGACAACAUGCUGUUUAAUGCCGAAAUGGAAUACUGCGAUUUUCCUGACAACGUUGAUUGCGGUACUCUCCCGCGGCCACCCGGGUUCGAGCAAGCAUCAGAAGCUACGACACCUCAAGAAGCUACGACAACAACCAUCCCGGAAGCUUCAGAGGCACCGGGAGAGUCCUGUCCCGCGGUCGACGAUCCAGUGGUUCCCACGUACCUUGCGGUGUUCGACGAUUGCUCCUCGUACAUCUUGUGCUACCAUGGUAAUCCUUUGAAGAUGAAGUGUCCGAUAGGAUUGGAGUGGAACAGACAAGAUUCGAUGUGUGAUACACCACAAAAUGCCAAAUGCCAGGUACAUUGA